AUGUUUCAAUGUACCGAUUCGUUUCAGGUUUAUGAGGAACUAACUUCCUAUGGUAUCAAGUUGUUCCUUGCAGCGCCGCACGCUGAUUUGUCGCGAAUGUUCGAUGCAACGGAUUUUCAUGAAACAGUUCCAAGAAGUGUGGUUGUUGGGCAUCCAGAUGAUGUGAGUGUGCGCUGA